AUGUUUGGUUAUCCAAUGGAAAUGGGCACCGCAACUUUAGCGAUCGUUAGAGAUAUGAUUGGAGUUAUAAGAUCUGAAGAAGAUUUAGAGAAUUUGUUGCAUUCGCAGAUAAAUGCGGAACAAUACGUUGCCGACGAAAAUAUAACUGAACAUGACAAAGAAAAUAUUAAGGUUGAGAAAGUGUCACAAAUGGCAUUGUCCAAUAACACUAUCAAGAAUAAAAUAAAAGAAGAUAUUAUUAUGAUAUUAAAAAAAAACGAUAUUUAUAAUGUAACAAUUGAUGUUAAUGUCACUAGAAAAACAUUUUCAGCAACAAUUGCAGGAUGUUCUUGUAACUAUAGAGUCAAUACUAAAAAAGACUGA